AUGCAGGCGAUCCGUGAGACCAUCUACUCGUUCAAAGCGCGCUGGUUCGACACGCAUGCCCAACUGAAUCGCCAAUACAACGUGCGGUACUUCGUGGACACGCACAACGUCGAGAUCUUCGACACCAAGACCAGUCGCCUGUUCCUUAAGAAAAGUGAAUGUCCAUCCACACUCUCGGCCAAAGACUUUUUCCUAGGGGCCAAAGUGCUCAUCUACGGCCGCCAUUUCGAGCUACAGGACUAUCUGGACCCGUUCACGGCCGAGAAACUCGGACGGCAGCAGCAGAAGUCCAUUUUGGUGGUCAAAGCACGCAUGGUCGACCAUGUCGGCGCCGUGUUGGACUUCCUGUCGCACCAACAAUUCGCUUUCUCAGCGGUCAAGAUGAUGCAAGUGACACGUCCACAUGCGGAGAAGCUGCUCGAGUUGCAACGCGGCACUGACGACUUUGAGUUGCAAGUCAAUCAACUGGCAGGUUCUCCUGUUGUAGCGAUGGAGCUCGUACAAGAGAACUGCCUCGAGACACUAAAGCAGGUAGUGAGCAACUUAUCUUCACGCUUUGAUGCCGAACCGGGCGAGUUAGAGAGUGCGUCGUCCGUUCUAGAAGCACAACAGCUACGUAGCUUCUACUUCGAGACACCUCACGUCCCCACUGCCACGUUCGAGAGCUGCACUUGCUGUGUUGUGCUCCCCCAUGUGAUCAAAGAAGGGCGACUUGGAGAGGUGGUGUCUGCCAUCCAGUGCGACGACGGUGUCCGUAUCACCGCCAUGGAGCUCUUCGUCCUCGAUCGCACUACCGCAGCAGAGUUCCUCGAGGUCUAUGAAGGUGUCGUGCCGCACUUUAACGAGUCUGUGGACCACUUUACCACUGGUGCGUGUCUAGCUAUGGAGCUGGUCGGGCAACACACAAACGACGUCGUGGCGCAGUUUCGUGCUAGCGCGGGUCCAUGGGACGUCGAGAUGGCUAAAGAACUCAAACCCCAGACGAUUCGAGCCAAGUUCGGCCACGAUCGUGUACGCAACGCCGUCCACUGCACCGACCUCGCUGAGGACGGCGUCCUGGAAUGUCAGUACUUUUUCGACAUCUUGUCACGACGCCAAACAGUCUCAAUGAUGUCGAUCAUCUCGCCUUUGUUGUUGAACGCCCAGUUGAUCUUGUUGUUGUUGCCUGUGCCCAAGUCGAUCAUGAUGUGUUUGUUGCGGAAGAAAAACAUGACGGUGCACGGGUCGUACAGCUCGUACAUGGUGUUAAAAUCAGGCACCUCGGUGAUGUCCACGACGUAUAUGGCGGCAAAGUUCUUGACGUCCUCAGCGAUGCCACAAAGCACCUCGUCCAUCUGCAUGCACGUCGGAUCGUGGUCAUGGCCGAAGCGAAUCACCACCACGCGGUCGCCCUCGUUCAGGAUGGAUUGGUCCACCGCCCAGCCACUCUCUAGGUGUGGCAACAAAGGUUACUCGACCUCUGUAUCGCUUUUCUAUCCGUUCAAAAAGUCUUCAGUGGAAGAGGUGGCGCUCUCACUUCAGGCUCACAUAAAAAUCCCGACACUAGUGGGCGAGGCUCGUGCGGCGGUUCCGUGUAUGUCUGUGGCUGGCAGCAUGGCGUCGCUCUCUGUCCGUCAACGGAGGCACCGCGACUUUAUGUGUCUGUUGCUCUCGCUUUCUCUGCUCUCUCUCGCCGCCUCCGCAGCCUCAGUUGAAGGCAAUUCGGACACAUUGAAGCGUCUAGACGAGCACAGGCCACACUGCGCCGAUUUCCUGCAACACUGCGCGUGGAACUCCAGCACGUCCUCAUGCACAUUCUCCGAAUCAAUAUCUUUCGUCUGCGGACCUCGCAGUGCCAAUGAAAGUCCCGUAUCCACUGGCUCAGGAUCUCUCCUUAACGCUGCCAUCUCGGCAUCAUCUUUCACAGGAUAUUCCAAUGGAGAUGUGGGCGUGUCUGCUGUUGCAGGUUUCACAUGUCAUUGGGACGUGCCAGGAGACCUUCACUUUGCUCCAGGAGUGAUGGUCGCAGUGCAAGGAGACGACUGUUUGCUUCACAUUGGCUCGGGUCAGAUGGUUCUACUGGGCGCUAAAGCCACGUUGAAGGCGUCAUCGUUAAGUAUAGAAGCUUCGUUUGUGCAUCUAGAAGUGGGUGCGCAGAUCGCGGCCUCCUACAGCGGCGCAUUCCGUGCUGGUCGUGGGCUCUUUACAGGCACAGACGUGUAUGGUGCAAGUCAUGGCGGAGGCGGCGGUCAGAGACUCAUUGCGAACGCCACGAUGCUCACACAGCAGACAACACGAGGGUUCUUUGAUGUACGAGGAUGGACAGCUAACGUGGAGGUUAUUGAAGAGAAGGAAGCGCUGUUGAAGCAGAGCAGUGCUGGGUGGCAACUAGCCGACUUGUGGACCAAGGAGAAAGCGCUCAUGUCCGAUCCAGCAGUCAUGACGGCGUCCUCCGGGGCGUCGGGAGACCCCAGUGCCACAAUUGCGCCGUUUCUGCUCGGAAGUGGCAGUCGAGCGGUAAUUACCGGCAACAACUCGAGUGAAGACAUGAAAUCAGUGGACGGAGGAGGCCGAAUCCAGAUCAAAGCGUCGAAAGACGUCGUCGUGAUGUCUGGCGCGACGAUCCAAGCCAACGGAGCAGCUGCGAGCGAUGGAGUCAGUGGAGGCUCGGGAGGCUCGGUGUAUAUUUCAGCGAAUGCGCUGUCAGUCAGCGGAAAGGUGCAGGCGAAAGGAGGAGACGCGUUCUGCACUGAUAACGCUGCAGCAAAAGGUAUUACGCACUGUUUCCCGGCAGGUGGCGGCGGUCGUGUGCAGAUUUCGUUCAUGUCGAGUCAACUGGACACGAAUGCGAUCGACACGACUGGCGGCACGCUGGAUGCAGACCAAGUGAAGGAGCUUCUGGCGAAGGACAAACGUUUUCGUCAUGUACAGAUCUCGGCGUUGGCUGGGGCAGCCGGUACGUACUAUCAGGUGGUGCAGCACUCCGAUGGAGUGCAUGAAGCGCAGCUUCUAGUGGAUAACGACAUGCAACGACUGUGGCCGACCGGUGUUCAAAGCGACGAUGGAGGAGCUGUGCAUAUUGAUGAAAUGGACACAGUUAUUGGCGGCGCUGUGACUAGUUUGGACGUUGGAGAUGACGAGGCAAAGAGUAUUGAUGCGAUUACUAUCACAGACGGUGCUGUGGUGGCGACGGGGUGUUUGAAGCUAUCGCAGGGAGACUUGAAGGUGCUUAAUGGCUCGUUCUUAUUGGAUGCGUUGCUAGUGGGGGUGCCUCAUCAGCUACCAGAUUCCAUCAGUGUUCAUAGCAGCAACAAGCCUCCUCUAUUGCAGAUUCGCGUGCGAGAUAUGGUUGUCUCGAGUGCCGCACAGAUGAUGCUGCCCACUAGCGCCUUGCAGCUCUCAGCCCGCUCUGUGUUAAUGGAUGCAACAACUGCACUGGAGUUCACGUGGAGCGCACAGAUCAUCACAAGCCAGAGCAUUCAUCUCGACGCCAACAUAUCGAGCGCUCCCGAUCCUAUUAUCGCUGCGUCUGUGACGACAGCGUCCUCACCUUCGACUGCCAAGCUGUUUAACAGUAAAAUGCUGGUGCUUGUAAGCGGCGGCGAUGUUUUACUAAGUGGCGUGAUCGCCGUGGGUGCGCUCUCUAUUUCCUCGGCUUACUCGAUCACAGUUAACGGCCACAUUGAAGCGCUGAAUGCGCCAAGCAUCAAGUCAACGUUUCGCCCCUGUAAAGAGCAGCAAUGGCUGUCUCUGCGUGCACUAAAGUCGGAUCUCGGCAAGGAAGACACGCACGUAUCUACGACGAUACCCAGCAUCCCGUCUACGUUGCCCAGUAUUAGCAACUUUACGCUCGUUCUCCAUGCGCGGGAGUCGAUUUACGUUGGCGAAUCAGAAGAGAAGAAGCAGCAGUUGGAGGAUGAACUUCAAGAAGAUGACGAGCUGCCUCCCCAGCAAGUCGGUCGUGUACGUGGCGGCGCUGUGUUAGUGUGUGCGACUGACUCGGUGGAGAUCUCGCGUGGCUCCAUCUUGUCAGCCGAUGGAAUGGGGGAACUGGCCAACCAAGGACCUGGAAUGGGGUCGUGUGUGGGCUCCAUCGGCGGAGGCGCAGGCUACGGCGGACGUGGAGCGGACUCGAGUGUAGUGACCAAUAUCGGCAACUACGCGUCUGGUGGUCUGCCUUAUGGAACGCGCUCUGGCACUGGUAUGCUGGGCUCGGGUGGUGGUUGUGUGGACGGAGGCAAUGGAGGCGGUAUCGUUAUGCUUGGUGCGUCCGGUCUUGUGCUUAAUGGAGAGAUCCACUGCAAUGGCGAUGGUGGUGCGAAUGGUGCAGGCGGAGGCUCUGGAGGCUUUCUAGGACUGUCGGUAGCUCAGUUUCUGCGUGGACAUGGACACAUUAGCGCUGUGGGCGGUGGGUCUGAGUGUAGUGACACGAUUGAGAGCUUUGUGAGUGACACGGAGUGGCGAGAUCCCUUGUAUCUUAUCGGGGGGAUACGUUAUGAUGCUGCUGAGCAAGAAGCCGAGGCGCAAGCACCCAGUACGAAGGUUGUGCCGCGUCUUUGUGGAGGUGGCGGUGGAGGUGGUCGCUUACAACUCACAGGAUGCGAGCUGAGUACCUUUGGUCGCUGUACACGAGACUUUGACGGCAAUUAUACAGUGGCUGGAGGUGCGACGUCGUUCAAGUUAAGCAGUUGCGACACGCCAGAGUUGCCAGCGCCCACCCCGACGUCGACUGCUGAAAAGUCCGUCGUCCCAGCUGGAGCCAGUGGCUCGUUCUUUGGCUUCCCGUGUCCUCCAGGCUCAGGCGGUCUAUUCUGUCGACUGUGUCGAGUGGGGAAGUACAAGUCGGAGAGCAACAGCGCCGAGUGUGUGGUGUGCACGAACGCACCCUCGAACGCACAUUACAUCGGCGUCGGCGCUACCAGUGCACGCUGCGAUUGGGCUUGCGAUCCUGGUUACUCUGGUCACUACUGUGUCUCGCCCAUUCAGCAGCUGCUAGAUGCAUGUGGCGGAGAGUUUGGCUUUGCGCUUGUGUUGAUGAGCAUCGUGGCCUUCUUCAUCUUACUGGGCUACGCGUGUCGGAACCGCAAAGAGCCUUCCUAUACGCGUAUGUACAACAGUCGAGGAGCCAAAGGGGAGCGACAACAUUUACUUUCGUCGGCGGUGGCCAACUCACAACGCAGCUGGUUCGCGUCACUCUUUCGCUGCUUCUACUGGCCUCGCGUGGGCUACCCGAAGCUCAUGGAGCGUGACCUCUCGGAGCACAUGGCGAGGCUUUAUCUAGCCGGAUACAACGACCCAGACUCGCCACUGAAGCUUCGUACUACCGUGCCGCCAUCGUUGAAGAAAGUGCUGUACGACGUGGAGUUCAAGAACCUGGCGGAUCGCAUCAACCGCGUCUUGGCGUGGCAACGUGGCCCCUGUUCGAGCUGGGGCAAGAUCGUGUACUUCCUGGUGGCGCUAGUGUGUUAUCCCUUCACGUCCGAGGUGAGGCUGUUCCGACGCCAUAUCCGCGUGAACGAGCUCAAGCGGAUCGUAGCUAAGUACAACCACGCGUGUAUGAAAGGCCCUCGCGCACGUGGGCUGCUGAAUGCGGUCAAACUGGGCUACUGCGCUGACUAUUCUCUUGUCUAUCUGGAGCUGUUGUACAAGGAGAGUUCCCAGUCUGUUUGUGUGCCUACGACCAAGAUCGGCAAGCCGUCGCUACCGCUAGUGCUGCUGUUUGCAGGCUGCGGCUCCUACUUCUCGCCGUUCUACUUGGACCCGAAUGAUCUGCUUGUGCGCUCGAUCCCGCAAUGUCCGGAACUCACGGCGUUUAUUGACGAACCGUGGAUUGAAUUUGUCGCCGAGUUGAACGAACUCUUGCGUGUGGUACAACGCGACGAGUCUUCGCUGGUGGAGUCUCUUAUCCCUGUGGCGGUGUAUCUCGAGAAGCAGCGUGCGUUGUCGGCGAUGGGGAGUAACUCGAGUAAACUGGGAGGUCUUCGGAUCUACCUGGGUCGAUUCUACGUGCAAGACGAGCUGAAUGUGGGCGAGGAGUUCAAGCUUGGGCUCUUCCUGACAACUGCCGAGGAGUCGAGUGACAACGUCUGCAGCAACAACCUCCAGCAGACUCAUCAACCCCCGCCAUCUGGUAAUCGAUAUGGCUACGGGAGCAUCCAUUCGAAAGACACCAACUACUUCCACACGAACGAUGUGUAUGGCUAUGGACGUGGAGAUUCUCUGGAUUAUCCAGGACCGCGUCGUAGUGACGGGAGCUUUGGUAACGAUGCUAUGCUGUACGACAUGGGUGGAUGGGGCACAGCUCUGAACAAUUCCGGGUCCUCUUCGCGUGGCAGGAGUCGCAGUGCGAAUGGCUCUGGCGUGGCUACCGCAGCGUCGCAAAACCAAGUGAGUAGUAUUCGAGAAGAGGCCUUACGUAUUCGAUCCUCCAGUACACAAGGUGAUGGCUUGGGUAGCAAUGGCCACUCUGGUCGAAAUGCUGACGAUGUGUUGGUGCUGAUGGGGUCGACGAAAAAGCAGCAACAGAACAAGGCGGCGAAGCACACUUUCUACGAAGGAUGGCUGGGGCCAGUGGACGCUUCGCUUCCUGUUCCAGGCGUGUUAAUUUGUGCUGAUGAACUCCGAGAACGUCUCGCAGAUGGAGCUCCUCGUCAGAAGCUCAACUCGUUCCUGCGCUUCCAUCUGCUGCCUCGCAACUUGCCACGUAGCAGUUCGCUGAAUCUCUCGUGGAUGUUGAGUAUCUCUCUUCUGACGCUGUUGAUGGUUGAUCUGGCCAUCACAUUUGCCAUUCUGGUCAACUUGAAAUGUGUCACGGACGGCGAAGUGGACCACGACUGCAGUGCUUCUAUCAUGGUGCCAGUACUCUUGGUGCCUCCUCUUGCACUUGUCGUGUCUCCUAUCAUGGGUAUCGUGUCGCUGGCACUGUCAUCUUCGACCUUCACGCGUCGGUUUUCGGUGUGGAAUGCGCUGUCCAUGAUCAGCGUUGGGAUUGCCAUUUUGGCCUGCAUCGCCCAGUCCAGUCGACUGGUGGCUCCGUGGUUUGCCGGUCCCUUGCCUUUACUUCCAGUGAUUGCUAUGGGUGUUAAGGCUGGUCAAGCGUAUGUGGUGGAGAGAUACAUCGCCUUUCAAGAGACGCAGCGUCGGCGUCGUGGCUGGCGCGGCAUCAUGAAGCGCCGACUGUCAGACGCCAGCAUCCCGACCGAGUCGCCCUAG